CAAUGUUUAUGUGUUUAAAUAAAUAAAUAAAUAUAAUAGUAGAAUAGCAGUUUUGAUCUAAAUAAUUAACUCUCACAUGUCAAAUUAUCCGUUAUAGUAAAAGACAUAAGUCAGGUUUGCAUAUUAGAACUCGGACUAGCGCUGUUGUUUAGAUUGAUCACCCUACAGAGUUUUGGUCACUGACUCUCAAUGACAUCAGUUGUCACUUAAAAUUGUUGUAGUCAGAUAUUAAGGAUUAAAAUGUGGCUUUUUGUUGGUUUUAAACGUUAGUAUCCGUGUUCUCGUAAUAAGUCUAUAACAGCUACAAUGAAGUGCUUUUUCACUCUUCAAUUGAAAAGAACAACGGGCUUGAAAUUCAGAGCAAGAGUAGUAAAGGAAAGUUAUCACCUAUCUUUAUCUAAACUCUCUUGACUAAACACUGUAUCACAUCAAGUACUUCAGCACAUAUUUCAUCUUAGGAGCAGGUGUGUCCUGUUAUUUUGCUCAACCACCACUUAACGUGGACUUUGUGGUUGGAAACAUUUUAUGACUAAACCAUUGUCAAUAUUACUUAGUUAAUAUUAAAAUGCUAGUUAUCUACUAUUACAUUUGCAAUUUCUCACGAUAUACUUGAGGUGUUAUCUUAAUUUUGAUCGGUUAGCUCAGAGCCUCCAAUAUACCAUACUUUUUCUUUGCAGCUAACUAGUAAUAAAGACUUGUGUAGUAACAACCUUGUUUAUUUAUGCUCCUAAUCAUAUAUAUAUGUAUAUAUAUAUUGAUAUCUCAUCUUGGUAUAGCUACAUCAUCAGUUGGUAACUGAGUGACUAACCCGAAACCUUUGAGUUGUGUGUUAUUGGAUUGUUUAUCAUACUGUUACAACGAAUGUGCACCAUUACUGAAGACAGUGAGUAAACCACGAAACAUAAAUACUCCGUUUAGUCCUUCACAUUACACUGACGUUAGUUCCUACUGUCCUCUUCGAUUUAAAGUUCAUAUAGUUUAAUAGGUAAAUCAGUCGGCCUUUAACCACUACGUUGUGUAUUUGGGCCCCGCACUCGUUCUUUGACUUGAGCAACGCAUGCAUCAUCAAUGGUGAUGAAAACGUGUGCCUUGAAUCUGAGAACAUAAACAUGUACUUGGAGACUUCCAGAUUAGUUUGUUACAUCCGUGAAUGCCUGACGGCACAAGUGAACCCUCUUUACCGCUUAUGUGUAAGUGAUUUCCUAGUACAGUUAUGUCUUUUAAACUUGAUUUUUUGAAAAUAUCUGUUUUAGAUAUUCUUGGAAUGAUUGAAAGCAAAGUCCGAAGCUUGCAGUAUAUUUUUGAGUUCCCUCAAAUUACAGACCUAUUCGAUGUCUCUGAACGACAAGGGCAGGGUACAUUUGCCUCUGUCUUAGCAGUCAAAAGUAAACAAGAUCCUGAUGAAUCCAAAUAUUAUGCUUUGAAAAUGAUUAUCCCAACAGUCGAUGUUCGUAGAAUUGAGAAUGAAAUUCGUAUUCUGAGAAGAUUGGGUGGUAAACAUAAUGUAAUUCAAAUGCAUACAGCAAUGCGGAUUCGUGAUCAUGUGUUCAUCUUAAUGCCUUUUAUUGAUUACAUCCCUUUCACAGACUAUUAUCUAACUGCAGAUGAGAAAGAAAUCAGACGAUAUAUGCGCGCACUCCUCUCAGCUUUAGCUCAUGUUCAUAAAUACAAAGUAAUUCACCGUGAUGUAAAGCCUACAAACUUUCUUAUGGAUCAAAAAACGAAACAAUUUUUUCUCGUAGAUUUUGGUCUGGCACAUUCUGAAGAGUUUGGUGAUAUUGAUGAAAGAUGGGAGCGCAAAUUUGAAAUCAACUCUGAUUCAGGUACAAAGAAAAAUGAAUUAAUGAAAAGAGUUUCAAGUUUUUCUCGGACAAAUCUUAACAUAUCAGAGAAUAACCAGCGUGUAAAUGUAGCAAACAGAGAAAACAGUUAUACUCAUAAACGAGAUUCCAUGGAUUCUACAAACUCAUUAUUCGCUUAUAAUUGUAAUUCUUCAAAAAUUGAUAACAAAUCAUCAUUUAAAGGUGCAUCUAUCAAAUCCUCUCAACAAAUAUCAAGUAACCUAACACAAUCUUUAGGACAAGGAGGAUGUGUUUGUGGUUCACGUCUCACUGUAUGUCGUGGUUGUCGACAUUUACCUCGAGCACCAACUGUUCGUAGAGGCGGAACACUUGGCUUUAGACCUCCGGAAGUAAUGAUGCGUCAUAUAGAACAAACAACUGCUGUUGAUAUCUGGGCUGUUGGAAUUAUAUUUAUUUCUUUCCUUUCUGGUCGUUAUCCUUUUAUAAAAGUAGACGAUGAUUUGGAUGUACUUCAUGCUUUCACUCAUCUAAUUGGAUAUGAACGCAUGCAAAUGGGUGCCAGAAGCAUUGGUAGGAGACUGUUACUUGAUCCUAGACCACCACCUAUGGAAGCUAGUGAUUCACCUAUUGUCUGGCUUAAAACAAGAUGUUCUGCAAUUAGAUUAUACGAGAAAAAAUUUGCUGGUCUACCUCCUUUAUUACGUAAAACUACAAUAAAGUCAACUAAUUUAACUAAUGAUAAUUCUGCACAAACUACAGAAUUAUCUAAUGGAAAACCAGUGAUUGCUUUAUCUUCAACGCAUAUUUUUCCCACUUCAGCUUAUGAUCUAUUAGCUCGUCUAUUAGAACCAUGCCCACAGAAACGUAUUACUGCUCAUGAUGCACUUCGUCAUCCAUAUUUUUGUAAUACUAAAACUCAACGACAUUCUAGUAUACCAUUAAAAUAUCCAAAUAUACAAUCAAAUUCAUUACUUCAUAAACGUACAUCUCGUUCAAGUUUUUGUGAAUCAACAACAAAUUUUAUACCGAGACCACAAUUUUGUUGAAAGUGACUAGAUUAUUGAUUUUUUUAAAACUUAUUUUUGUAAUAAAUUCAGAUAUUUAGUCGGGAAGGGGAGAGGGGAAUUUUCUCCCAUCAUUGUAUCAUUAACCCCCACCUAUUGGACAUAUCACAGUAAAUUCAUCAUAUUGACUGAUUGAUCUAAACAUUCAAAUGUUGUACAGAGAUUGUAUCUUUUGUAUGUAAAGUAGCUUUUUCAAUGUCUUAGUAACAUUGUAAUUAAAGUUUAAAAUAUAUAGUUAU